AUGACGUUUCACUCACAGCGUUGCGUGGUAGUGCUGGCGACGGAUAUGAGGUGGGGGUUUGAUUCGUCUCUUGGGGAAGAAGCAAAUCGCUUCCGUUUUUUGACGCCAAGUAUGGGUUCUGAAAUGGUGCAUCGAGAUGGCGAGGCAUUCGUAGAAGUUGACCCUUCUGGCCGAUAUGGCCGGUAUGGUGAACUGCUCGGAUCGGGGGCUGUGAAGAAAGUGUACAGAGCAUUUGACCAAGAAGAAGGGAUUGAGGUGGCUUGGAACCUAGUCAAAUUGAGAAGCUUCCUUGGAGACGAAGCAAUGAUAAAUCGGUUAUAUUCCGAGGUUAGGCUGCUGAGGACAUUGAAAAACAAGAAUAUUAUCGCGUUGUACUCAGUGUGGCAGGAUGAGGAGAAAAACACGCUGAAUUUCAUUACCGAGGUAUGUACAUCUGGGAAUUUGAGGGAGUACAGGAAGAAGCAUAGGCAUGUAUCGAUGAAGGCGUUGAAGAAAUGGUCUAAGCAAAUUCUUAAGGGAUUGGACUAUUUGCAUACUCAUGAGCCUUGUGUCAUUCAUAGGGAUCUAAAUUGUAGCAAUGUCUUCGUCAAUGGCAAUGUUGGUCAGGUGAAAAUUGGUGAUUUGGGUUUGGCAGCAACCGUUGGCAAGAACCACUCGGCGCAUUCAUUACUUGGGACACCAGAAUUCAUGGCACCGGAAUUAUAUGAUGAGAACUAUACCGAGCUGAUAGAUAUCUAUUCAUUUGGAAUGUGUUUGCUUGAGAUGGUGACUCUUGAAUUACCCUACAGCGAGUGUGACAACGUUGCCAAGAUAUACAAAAAGGUGACAUCUGGAUUGAGGCCGCAAGCCAUGAACAAGGUUAAGGACCCCGAGGUCAAGGAGUUCAUCGAGAAGUGUCUUGCUCAGCCUAGGGCUCGACCAUCGGCCGCUGAUCUCCUCAAGGACCCCUUUUUUGAUGGAAUUGAUGAUGGCGAAAAUAAUGCUGACAACCAUAGUAUUAACUGA